UCUCACAUUUAUACAUCCGGUGAAAUAUCUGUCUCAUCUAGCUGUGAUUAAACUUUGGAAUAACUAAACAGCGACAUGGAAUCGGAGAAAGAAGUGCAAUCAACAGGAGAAGAUGCCCCUGACCCAGAGGAGGAAGAGAAGAGGCUAGCGGCAGCAGCCCGGGAAGCCAACCAUCUAACUGAGUUGAGGCUGGUGCUGUUGGGCUGGAGGUGGCCUGGGAAGAGCCUGACAGGCAACACCAUACUGGGCCAUGAGGAGUUCCGCCUGGAGCGGGCGGCUGAAUUCUGCGUCAAGCGUCAGACUGAGGUGGAGGGGCGCCAGGUGACGGUAAUAGACACGCCGGGCUGGUUCUCGACCCAGUCCACGCCACCAGUCUACCAGCAGGAGAUGGUGCGGGGCGCCUCCAUGUGCGGGCCCCUGGGCCCUCACGCUUUCUUGCUGGUUAUCCCUGUGGGCAUGUUUACCGAGGUGGACCGGGCCCGCAUCGAGGAGCACCUGGCUCUUUUCGGGGAGCGCGUGUGGAGGCAUACCAUCGUGGUGUUCACCUGGGCAGAUGUGCUGAGGAACAUGUCCAUCGAGAGGCACAUCAAGCGAGAGGGGAAGGAUCUGCAGUGGGUGCUGGAAAAGUGCAAGAUGCGGUACUUUGUCAUCAGCAACUACAUAUUUGGGGAGCACCCCCAGCUGCGGCAGCUUAUGGAGAAGAUAGAGAAGGUGGUGGCGGAGGAGGGCAUCUAUAGCCCAGAGGAGGUGGAGGAGAAGAAACCUCUGGGCCAGAAUCAGAACCAAACCCAGAACCGGGAGCUUGGUGCAAGGCCCAAAGUGAAUUCUGCCGUAGGAUUGGCCAAAAUGGACAUGGACCCGCCCCACAAUUCAGUGGAUGGACUGACUGACUAACUGAAGGAGAGCUGGUGAGCCACCGCAGUACUGAUUUGAGAGCUCUAUGUCCAUACGUUACCCCAACCUCAGGGCCUGUAUUCAUAAAGCGUCUCAGAGUUGGAAUGUUGGUCUACGAUCAGUUCCCCUUUUAGAUCAUAAUGAAUGGGGGGGGUCUUGAUCCUAGAUCAGUACUCCUACUCUGAGAUGCUUUAUGAAUACAGGCCCAGAUUCUUUUAAACCUUUAAGACAUAAUCUCUCUCCCAUUAAUAUAAAUAAUAGUUAUCUGUAACUGGAUGUAGGCUAAAGUGAUCAGGGGUCAUGUUAAUGCAGAAUUCUGCGUUUUUCACACGGGAAAAAAAGAUAAAACCCAUAAAUAUCUUGCUGCAUUUUGUAAACGCAGAUCUAAAAUGCUUCUUGUAAUUGCUGCUCGGCAUCAGGCUUCUUUUUUACAUUUACAUUUACAUUUAAGUCAUUUAGCAGACGCUCUUAUCCAGAGCGACUUACAAAUUGGAAAG